CAAAGCAUGUGGCGACACGAGGUCGCCAUGCCAAGACACGCUCAUAUCGUACUGCUGCUGGCGCUGCUGUGCAUUUGUAGGGAGGCGUCUGCGCAGUUAAUCCAGCCUUCUCAGGAAGGAGUGCUGAUGGAAAUAGUAGACGAGUGGGGCAUGUUUGGUAGUGCUGUCUCGUGGCUCUACAACAACGACUGUCAAGCGAUGAGGGGCAUCGCCUGCACCUCCAACGGCUUUGUCACAUCUGUAAAGGUGGUUGACCAGGCUAUUACAAAGCCUAUCCCCAACGCCAUUAGUGGCCUCUCCUAUCUUCGAUCACUCACUCUCGUUAACUGCCAGGUGUCUGGCUCGCUGCCAUCCGCCCUCUUCACUCUGCGGCAACUCACCAGGCUGGAUCUGAACUACAACAGCAUCUCUGGCUCUAUUCCUGCUGACAUCAGCAAGCUCAGCAACCUGGAAUACCUCUCAAUACAGGUGAACUUGAUAGAAGGAACACUGCCAAGAGAGUUGUCACAUCUGAAGAAGGUUCAAUUUCUAGGACUAAGUAGCAACACGCUUUCUGGGCCUCUACUAGACUUCUUUUCCGCACUACCCAACAUUUCCUCCUUGCGAGCACCAAGUACUAUGGCAUCCGCGGCAUCGGGCGCACGGGGUUCUACGGGUGGUUUGGGCUCAUGCUGGCAGUGCAGCAGCAGCCUGUCAUUGUGCACAUCGAGGCGUCCGCACCCUCCUUCCAAGACUACGGUGGG